UCAAAGAGCAUGCUUUAAAACUGAAACUGUCAGAAAUGGCAGCCAACAACCAGCAACAAAAUGACAAGAGAAUAAUAGGAUUCGAUUGUGAGUUUGUGAAGCCACCACCUUCGGAAUACAUGCAGUCAGAGUGUCCAGUUUGUCUCCAGAUCAUUCGAGAGCCCCACCAGGUCACAUGCUGUGGAAAUAAGUUUUGCAAAGCUUGUAUUGAACACAUCAAAGCUAAUAAAAAGUCGUGCCCAACCUGCAACGAUAAAUUUUCAAGUUUUCCCGACAAAGGUUUGAAACGAUCGCUCUACAGCUUGAAAGUUCGAUGUAGCCACCAGAAAGACGGGUGUGAGUGGACGGGGGAACUGAGACAGCUUGAUGAGCACCUCAACACAGAUCCACAGCCAGAGAAACAACUCAAUGGAUGUCAGUUUGUCAAGAUCGAUUGCAUCUAUAAUUGCAGAAACCAUCAGCAGCGAAGGUACAUUCAAAACCACCAAAUUAAGGAUUGCCUCAAACGUCCAUUCGGUUGUGAGCACUGCCAUUAUUACAAGUCUACCUAUGAUGAUGUCACCAACAGCCACUGGCCUGUGUGUGGGUCCUUCCCUGUCCCCUGCCCUAACCAGUGUGGUUCAACUAUCCAACGUCAGAAUAUAGACAGUCAUGUUGCCGAUGAGUGCCCCCUGACCACCAUCAACUGUGACUUCCACCACGUAUGCUGUGCUGUGAAACUUCCUCGACAAGACAUGCCAGAACACCAGAGAGAGAACCUACUCACACACAUCUCUCUAUUAGCCACCAGUCAUGCCAAGCAACAAGCUGAGACUACACAACAAAGAAAAGAAAUCAUCAAGCAACAAGACAAAAUAGCAAACUUGGUAGAUGAAAAUGAAAAACAAAAAAAAUCUUAUAAGACGAAAUUAAUUGCACUACAAACCAAAGUUACCAUGUUAGAGCAAAAGAACACUACUAGUAAUGCCGAGAUUAAAUCUUCUAAAAUAAAAUUAACUGCACUACAAACAAGUUACCACGCUAGAGCAAGAAAAACAAUUGUUGACUACUAAUACAACCAAGCAACAAGCUGACAUUGCUAGUUUAGUUGAAGAGAAUAAACAGCUAAAG